UUCAAACUCACUCUUACAAUUCUUUUCCUAUGUCCAUGCAUCUUUGUAAGCUGCAACAUAUAUUAUUUGGAAACAGAGGAAGGCAGAAGUAGUAGCCAGCUAAAGAAGAGAAAAGAGGAAACGGUCCUCCAAAGCUGUGGGUUGUCAUGGAAACGUUUUAGGAUGCGCUUGAUUCCUGUGUCCAAAGGUGCUGUAGGUGGAAAGGCUUUAGCUCGACUAGAGGACAUUACCCCCACCACUCCCAACCUCGCCCUCAAGAUUGAUUCGCGAACAUGGAGGUGUUUUACCCUCGUACCACACAGGAAUAGGAAAAACGGAGAUUCCUGGAUCCCACCUCGCCUGGAAGAGAAAGGCCGGGAACACGAAGGUGACUGCAUUUUUGUGAGAUUAUAAAUACACCAUGGAGGAUAACAAAACUAACUCUGGAAGAAUGGAAGAAGGCAGUCUGGAAACCUUGAACCUUCCUCCAAAUCCUUCGCAUUCUGAGAUGAUGGUGUCAGUGACUGGUGAACCACCUACUGCUGCAGAAGAAGUAACAGCUGUAUGUACAGAUGUAGAAAUCAUCCCAGAAAUCAUAGAGCCACUCUCCCUUCCAGAUAUGCUGAGGAUCUCUGCAGUUCUGGAGGAUACCGUAGACCAGCUCUCUAUUCUAAACUAUAUCAUGCCAGUUCAAUAUGAAAGAAGAACAAGUAUCUUCAUGAAAAACAAAGAAAUGAAUUCAGAGAGGAAAAGCUUAGAAAAACUUCCAAUGGCCUCAACUAUCUCGAAAGUACCUAAAGAAGGACCCAAGUUGCCAGAAAUCAAACAAGGAGGCCUAGAUUUUAACAAAAUGCAGGAAUUUAUCCUCAAAAAACCUACAAAGCAGUCCUUAAUAACUAUGGAGACACUGAAGAAAAUUCAGAUGGACAGGCAAUUUUUAAGUGAUGUGAUUGCAAAUACCAUUACAGAAUUGGAAGAUUCAUGCACUUUCACAAAUCUCCUGUCAGCUUUAAGCAAAGAGAGGGAAAACAAAAUGCAUUUCUAUGAUGUCAUUGCCAGGGAGGAAAAUGGAAAAAAAAAGAUAAAAUUUCUUCAAAAACAGCUACUUAAUGCCAAAAAAGAAUGGCAAUUUGAAGCACAGAAUCGGAAUGAAUAUAUUGCUCACCUCAAGGACCAAUUGCAAGAGCUGAAGGCAAAAACCAACUUGGAGAAUCAGUAUAUGAAAAGAAAUACUGAGCUGCAGAUUGCCCAGACCCAGAAAAAAUGUAACAGAACAGAGGAACUCUUGCUGGAGGAGAUUGAGAAAAUAAGAAUGAAAACUGAAGAAGAAAACCGGAUUCAUAUGGAGAUUGAAGUGUUCCUUAAAAAAGAGCAGCAGAAACUUGAGGAGAAGCUAGAGUUCUGGAUGGAAAAAUAUGAUAAGGACACAGAAAUGAAACAGAAUGAACUAAAUGCUCUCAAAGCUGCAAAGGCCAAUGACUUAGUACGCCUUCAAGAUCUUGCAAAGACGAUAAGGGAGUAUGAACAGGUCAUCAUUGAAGAUCGUAUAGAAAAGGAAAAGAGCAGGAAGAAGAUAGAACAGGAUAUGUUGGAAUUAAAGAGCAUCAUAAAGCUCCAGUCCUGGUGGCGAGGCACUGUAGUAAGAAGGGAAAUUGGUACUUUCAGACUGCCUAAGGAAAGAGAAGAUAGCAAGGAUUCAAAAGGUAAAGGCAAAGACAAGGAUAAGCGGAAAGGCAAGAAGUGACCAAGUUAUCGUUUGUACUUUCCUCUGGUGUUCUGGAGAUGGGAAUGAGGACUUGGAGGGAGUAUGAAGCAUCUUGUACCAUCACAGAUAACUCACCUACAGGUUGUUUCUUAUUUGACAUUCCCAGAGGAAGCCUGCUGCCUUCACUUUGCCUGUUAUAUUAGUUUUCCAACCCUGAAUUCGGUUUAUACCAUCAAUUUAGGGCAUCCUCAUAUUUUGAACUUUAGUGGGAAGAAGUGUUUCUGGUAGCCUUGUGAACAUUCCUCUUGCUCUUUCUCACUGGAAAAAAGUUCAUGGACUUAGUUACAGCGAAGCAUUAAAACUUCAGUAAUUCA